AUUGUCAAACCGAACCACAGACAGAUUGUAGGGAGAGAUGAAAAACUGGGAAAAGUUGGAGAGAGAAACAUCAGCCAGCCCCUCUUUUUUAAUGCUCAAUUUCUUGCUUUUCUGUGAAGCUCCACUAACUUUCACUUUUAAUUUAUUUUCGUUGCUGAUAUUUAAUCGACAACCCCCUCCGUAAUAAAAGCCAGCCCAAUUUUUAGACUAUAUGACAGAAACAUAGCCCGUGAAAUGAGAAGGCUGUUCUUCUUCACACCCUUAUAUUCCUCUCUCACAAGUUUACAGUUCUAGGUGUGUUUUUGCCAUUGCCUUGUUUAAAGACUGCACCUUUAGUGUUAUUUUUGUGGUUGGGCUGGCUUAGGAAAGACCAACAAACUGAGAUUAAGGAAGUGGGAAUCCAAUGAGGGGUGAUCAAUCUCAGUCUUAUGCUUGACUCUGUUCGGCUGUGAAGGGAGUGUUUGCUUGCACUGAGAGAGUGGGAUAGGGGAGUUUCAAGACCCUGAGAAAAAGAACCAGUGAUGAUGGCGGUGACAUCAGCCUGCAAGGAAGACAGUGGAAAAAUGGGAUUCGACAAUGGGAAAUAUGUCAGGUACACACCAGAGCAGAUCGAAGCUCUGGAGAGGCUAUACCAUGAGUGCCCCAAACCAAGUUCACUCCGCAGGCAACAGCUCAUCAGGGAGUGUCCUCUUCUUUCAAAUAUUGAGCCCAAACAGAUCAAAGUUUGGUUUCAGAACAGAAGAUGCAGGGAGAAGCAGCGGAAAGAGGCAUCGCGCCUCCAAGCAGUGAACAGAAAGUUGACUGCAAUGAAUAAGCUGUUGAUGGAGGAGAAUGAUAGGCUUCAGAAGCAAGUCUCACAGUUGGUGGCUGAGAACAGUUAUUUUCGCCAGCACAAUCCCAAUACAGCUCUGACUACAACCGAUAACAGUUGUGAAUCUGUGGUGACAAGUGGUCAGCACAAUUUAACUCCCCACCGUCCUCCAAGAGAUGCAAGUCCUGCAGGACUCAUGUCCUUAGCGGAGGAGACUUUAACAGAGUUUCUGUCCAAGGCCACUGGAACUGCUGUGGAGUGGGUCCAAAUGCCUGGAAUGAAGCCUGGUCCGGAUUCCUUUGGAAUCAUUGCUAUUUCUCGUGGUUGUGUUGGUGUAGCCUCACGUGCAUGCGGUCUCGUGGGUAUGGAACCUACAAGAGUUGCUGAAAUCCUUAAAGAUCGGCCAUCAUGGUUUCGUGAUUGCCGAGCCGUGGAGGUUUUAAAUGCAAUGUCUACUGGCAAUGGGGGAACCAUUGAGCUUCUAUACAUGCAGCUAUAUGCACCUACCACUUUAGCACCAGCUCGUGACUUCUGGUUACUGCGAUAUACGUCCGUUAUGGAAGAUGGAAGUCUUGUGAUAUGUGAAAGGUCACUGAACAACACUCAGAAUGGUCCUAGCAUGCCACAAGUGCAGCAUUUUGUGAGAGCAGAAAUGAUGCCAAGUGGGUAUCUCAUAAGGCCUUGUGAAGGGGGUGGAUCAAUCAUUCAUAUAGUUGACCAUGCUGAUUUUGAGCCUUGGAGUGUUCCUGAGGUCUUGCGUCCAUUAUACGAGUCAUCGACACUGCUUUCCCAGAGGACAACACUUGCUGCUUUACGUCACUUAAGGCAGAUUUCACAAGAAAUUUCUCAGCCUAAUGUGGCUGGUUGGGGACGAAGGCCAGCCGCUUUGCGUGCACUUAGCCAAAGAUUAAGCAAGGGGUUUAAUGAGGCUGUGAACUGUUUUACGGAUGAAGGAUGGUCGAUGGUUGAAAGCGAUGGCAUUGAUGAUGUCACCAUUAUGGUGAAUUCCUCUACAGCCAAAGUGAUGGCUGCAAAUCUUUCUUAUGCCAAUGGACUUCCACCUAUGGGUGGUGGUGUGCUAUGUGCCAAGGCUUCCAUGCUUUUGCAGAAUGUACCUCCUGCGAUCCUUCUAAGGUUUCUGCGAGAGCACAGAUCAGAAUGGGCAGAUAGCAGCAUUGAUGCUUACUCAGCUUCUGCAGUCAAAUCCAGCCCUUGUGGUCUCCCAAUAGCCCGAACAGGAAGUUUUGGAGGCCAAGUUAUUCUUCCCUUAGCUCAAACCAUAGAGCAUGAAGAGUUUAUGGAGGUAGUUAGACUUGAAAACAUGGGCCACUUUCGAGAAGACAUGAUGGCUGCGGUUGACAUCUUUCUGUUACAACUUUGCAGUGGGGUGGAUGAGAAUGCAGUAGGCACAAGUAGUGAGCUCAUCUUUGCUCCUAUAGACUCCUCUUUCGCUGAUGAUGCACCCCUUCUACCCUCCGGUUUCCGGAUCAUUCCUCUAGAUUCUAGAGCGGAUUCCCUUACCCCAAACCGAACACUUGACUUAGCGUCAACUCUUGAGGUUGGAACUGGUGCGACCCGUCAAGCCGGUGAUCAAUCUAAUAAGCAGUGCAGUAGUAAAUCAGUUAUGACGAUUGCUUUUCAGUUUGCAUUUGAGGCCCAUCUUCAAGAAAAUGUAGCAGCUAUGGCCCGGCAAUAUGUGCGAAGCAUUAUAUCGUCUGUUCAGAGGGUAGCACUGGCUCUUUCCCCAUCCGGUCUUAGUCCUCUCGCUGGUCUUAGGCCUCCACCUGGCACGCCCGAAGCACAUACUCUUGCCCGUUGGAUUUGUCAAAGCUAUAGAAUCUUUUUGGGGAUGGAUCUUUUCAAAUCUGCUAGUGAAGGAAGUGAACCCUUCCUCAAACCACUUUGGCAUCACCCAGAUGCUCUUAUGUGUUGUUCUUUAAAGGCAUUACCAGUUUUCACAUUCGCAAACGAAGCUGGACUUGAUAUGCUGGAAACCACCUUAGUUGCACUCCAAGAUAUUACUCUGGAAAAGGUUUUUGAUGACAAUGGCAGAAAGACAUUGUUAUCUGAGCUUCCACAGAUUAUGCAACAGGGAUUCACAUGUCUUCAAAGUGGAAUUUGUUUGUCAAGCAUGGGGAGGCCGGUCUCCUUUGAGAGGGCGGUAGCGUGGAAAGUGUUGAAUGAAGAGGAAACCCCACACUCCAUAUGUUUCAUGUUCAUCAACUGGUCCUUUGUCUGAUUUUAAUUAGCAUUUUGAUUAGGUGUCAGUAUGAGAAACUAGAUUAAGCAUCAGUGGUUGAAUAUAUACGGCAGACAUGUGCUUAUUUUUGCACUUCUAAACUGUCACAUAGGCAUAUACUCUGUAUGUAGGCUGCCACUUUUGUGAAGCUUGAUACCAAGAUAGUUUCUCCCUUUCUUUCUCUUUGUGCCAUUGUGCAACAACAAGUUUAUCUAAUGUAUUUGUGGAUUGAAAAAGAAAAGAUACAUGUAUAAAUCACUUCAGCCGUUCCUAUUUAAUUUAUUGGGCUUGACUUUGCAUGGAA